CGGGAUCUGCCCUACAUCUCGUCUUAUGAUGAUCGCUGCGGCGUUUUUGGUCCUACUGAGACCAUACAGUAUUCAAUGUGUGCUGCUAUUAUUGUUGCUUUUGCUUGGGACUAUUGCGACAAUUCUGUUUUUCUGCUGCUGGCAUCGCAGGCUUCGUGAUGGAAAGCAUCCAAUAAAAUCUGUGUUGUCCGGACGCUCCAAGAGCCGCGUUGGCCUCCGAGCGCAUCAUUUUCGAUCAGAGGGCUUCAGACACAGUCCACGCCACGCCAGAAGGAGUGGGCGUAUCCGAGUGGCAGAGGAAAAGCCGAGUCUGGUCGAGGUUCCUGAGAGUGAUCCAGAUUCCUCAUCAACUUUGCGUAAGCGCAAAGUGAAGAAGAGAGUUCUGCCCGAAUUUUACCAGUCUGUACAAGUCACGCCUACACGCAAACCUAGCUCCAGUUCAGGGAACCCUUCCCUGCACUGCUCCAUGUCUUCCUCGGCGGAUUUCUCAGACGAGGAUGAUUACAGUGUGAAAUCCGGCUCGGUAUCACCGGCACCCGGCGACACCUUACCGUGGAACCUCCCCAGACAUGAGCGAUCCAAGAGGAAGAUCCAGGGAGGAUCCGUGUUGGAUCCGGCGGAGAGAGCCGUGCUCCGGAUCGCAGAUGAAAGAGACAGAGUGCAGAAAAAGACAUUUACAAAAUGGAUAAACCAGCAUCUGCUGAAGGUACGGAAACAUAUAAAUGACCUGUAUGAAGAUUUACGAGAUGGACAUAACUUGAUCUCACUGCUGGAGGUUUUGUCUGGAGACACACUGCCCCGGGAGAGAGGGCGGAUGCGCUUCCACAGGCUCCAGAAUGUACAAAUAGCACUGGAUUAUUUAAAGAGGCGGCAGGUCAAACUUGUAAAUAUCAGGAAUGACGACAUCACAGACGGUAACCCGAAGCUGACCCUGGGAUUGAUCUGGACCAUAAUUCUGCACUUUCAGAUCUCGGAAAUUCAUGUGACAGGAGAAUCCGAGGACAUGACUGCCAAGGAGAGGCUGCUGCUCUGGUCCAAGCAGAUGACAGAGGGCUACGUGGGCGUUCGUUGUGAAAACUUCACUACCUCCUGGAGGGAUGGGAGGCUAUUUAAUGCCAUCAUUCACAAAUACAGGCCAGAUCUGGUUGAUAUGAGCCACGUGUCGACCCAGACCAACCGAUCUAAUUUGGAGCAGGCGUUUGUUGUGGCUGAGCAGCUGGGGGUGGCCAGACUGCUGGACCCUGAGGACGUAGACGUUCAGUCCCCUGACGAAAAAUCAGUCAUCACAUAUGUCUCAACGCUGUAUGAUGCCUUCCCCAAAGUACCCGAUGGUGUCGAUGGCAUCAGUGCUAAUGAUGUCGAUAUCAAAUGGGUGGAGUACCAGAACAUGAUCAAAUACCUCAGCCAGUGGAUCAAACACAAUGUGACUGUAAUGUCAGACAGAGCAUUCCCCAACAACCCUGCAGAACUCAAGGCACUUUAUGCACAGUAUUUGCAAUUUAAAGAACAUGAAAUCCCACUGAAAGAGAAUGAAAAGUCAAAAAUCAAACAACUCUAUAAAAUGCUAGAGGUGUGGAUUGAGUUUGGACGUAUCCAACUGCCCCCGGGUCACCACCCUAAUGAUGUGGAGAAGGAAUGGGGUAAACUGAUUGUGGCUAUGCUGGAGAGAGAGAAGAGCCUGAGGCCUGAAGUGGACAGACUUGAGAUGCUGCAGCAGAUUGCCAACAGAGUCCAGCGGGAUUGUGUCAAUGGAGAGGACAAACUAGCAUUAGCUAGAACUGCCCUACAAUCUGAUGCAAAGCGCCUUGAGUCUGGUAUUCAGUUCAUGAAUGAGGCUGAGAUUGCUGGGUACCUUUUGGAAUGUGAGAAUAUUCUCCGGCAACAAGUGGUCGACAUCCAGGUUCUUCUGGAUGGGAAAUUCCCCUUUGCAGAUCAACUGGUCCAAAGGGUAUCAAAGCUCCGGGAUGACCUUCUAUGCCUGAGAACCGAGUGUUCUUCUGUGUACAGUAAAGGUCGCACAUUGACGACAGAGCAAACCAAGAUGAUGAUCUCAGGCAUCACUCAAAGCCUAAACUCGGGUUUCUCCCAGAACAUUAACGCUAGCCUGACACCAGCCCUCACACCUGCACUCACCCCGGGGGGACUGGUCACCCCCGGAUCCACUUUCACCUCUAGCCUUACCCCGUGCCUCACUCCGACCUUGACCCCUGGUCUGCAGCCUGCUUCAGUCCCGGCCUACAUGGGGAGUGGUGGCAGCAUAGACCCAGGGUCCCUUAAGCAUCUGAAGCACAUGCAGAUCCGCAAGCCCCUUGGCAAAUCCUCACUGGCAGACCCCAACAUGACAGAGGAAGAGGUCAACAUGAACUUUGUUCAGGACCUGCUGAACUGGGUGGAGGAGAUGCAAGUGCAGUUGGAUCGUGCUGAGUGGGGAUCUGAUUUACCAAGUGUGGAAACACAUUUAGAGAACCACAAAAGUGUGCACAGAGCGAUUGAAGAAUUUCAAAUGAGUCUAAAAGAGGCCAAACUUAGCGAAAUUCAGAUGACCCAUCCCUUAAAGCUAACUUAUUCUGAAAAACUGACCAAAUUAGAGAACCAGUAUGAGAAGCUACUGAGCUGUUCUAGAGAGCGGCAGAGCCACCUGGAAAGUUUGCAUGACUUUGUAUCACGAGCUACCCAGGAGCUUAUCUGGCUAAAUGAGAAAGAGGAAGAGGAGGUUGCUUUUGACUGGAGUGAUCGCAACAGCAACAUCUCCAAGAAAAGAGACUACCAUGCCGAUUUGAUGAGGGAGCUGGAUGAAAAGGAGGAGGUGAUCAAGUCUGUGCAGGACAAGGCAGAAAGCCUUCUGCUCAAGAAUCACCCCGCCCGGCUAACAAUUGAAGCGUACAAAGCUGCCAUGCAAACUCAGUGGAGCUGGAUUUUACAGCUCUGCUCUUGUGUAGAGCAGCAUCUUAAAGAUAAUUCAGUCUAUUUUGAGUUUUUCAAUGAUGCCAAAGAGUCCAUGGACUACCUUAAGAGCCUACAAGAUGCCAUUCAAAGAAAGUACAGCUGUGAUCAAACAAGUAGCUUACACAAGCUGGAGGAUCUCAUUCAGGAGUCGAUGGAUGAGAAAGAACAGCUCCUUCAGUACCGUAGCACCGUAGCUGGGCUCGUGGGGCGGGCCAAAACUGUUGUGCAGCUCAGGCCCAGGAACCCAGACAACACCGUGAGGUCGUCCAUCCCUGUCAAAGCCAUCUGUGAUUACCGUCAGAUUGAGAUAACCAUCUAUAAAGAUGACGAGUGUGUUUUGGCCAAUAACUCUCACCGGGCCAAGUGGAAAGUUAUCAGCCCAGCAGGGAACGAGGCCAUGGUACCCUCCGUCUGUUUUACUGUGCCUCCCCCCAACAAGGAGGCUAGCGAUAUGGCUGGCAGAAUUGAGCAGUUAUACCAGAAUGUUUUGGCACUGUGGCACCACUCCCAUAUCAACAUGAAGAGUGUGGUAUCUUGGCACAAUCUUAUGGCCGAUAUACGAGCCAUCCGCAACUGGAACGUGGCCUCAAUUAAGACAAUGUUACCAGGUGAGCACCAGCAGGUCUUGAGCAACCUGCAGUCUCAUUUUGAAGAUUUCCUUGAAGACAGCGAGGAGUCUGAGGUGUUCACGGUGGCAGACUGUGCCCAGCUAGAGAGAGACGUCAUUGCCUGCAAGGAAUACUAUGAAGAGCUCCUCAGAUCUGCAGAGAGAGAAGAACAUGAAGAAUCAGUAUACAAUCAUUACAUCUCAGAGGUACGCAACUUCCGAAUGCACCUGGAAGCCCAUGAAGAACAUCUGAUCAGGCAAAUCCGCACACCUCUGGAGAGAGACGACCUAGAGCAGAGUCUCCAGCGGAUCACUGAGCAUGAGAAGAAGAGAGCAGAGCUGAACAAACUGAAGGAGGAUCUUGAGGUCAUGAAGGAGAAGUGUGAGAUGUUCCUCAGGCAGGCUGCAGCUUCUCCGUCUGUGCCAACCCUUUCCUCUGAGCUCAGUGUCCUUGUUCAGAGCAUGAGCCAAGUCGACUCCAUGUCCUCCAUCUAUAUGGACAAGCUGAAAACAGUGAGCUUAGUGGUGAAGCACAGCCAGAGUGCAGAGGCGCUUGUUAAAGCCUACGAGUCUAAACUUUAUGAGGAAGAUGCUGUGAACUCUGACCUGAAGUCCAUUGACACGGUCAUUUCCACACUCAAGCAAUGGCGGACAGAGAUUGAUGAGAAGCAGGAGGUGUUCCAUGACAUGGAGGAUGAGCUGCAGAAAGCUCGAGCCAUCAGUGAUCACAUGUUUAAAGCCCACAACGAGCGUGACUUUGACCUGGACUGGCACAAGGAGAAAGCUGAUCAGCUGAGUGAGAGAUGGCACAGCAUUCACUCCCAGAUUGACAGCAGGCUUCGGGACCUGGAAGGUAUUGGCAAGUCUCUGAAAUACUACAAAGAAUCUUACAGUAGCCUUGAUGAGUGGGUUAGAGAAAUGGAAGCCGCACAGCUGAAAGCCCAAGAAAACAAACCUGAAGACAGCAAGGCUCUUGCUGAGCUGCUAAACCAACAGAAGGUCCUUGCUGCUGAAAUUGAGCAAAAACAGAGCAGAAUUGAUGAAUGUCAAAAGUACUCGGAACAGUACUCAUCAGCCGUUAAAGAUUAUGAACUGCAGCUGAUGACCUACAGAGCAAUGGUUGACUCUCAGCACAAAUCUCCACUCAAGAAACGAAGGAUGCAGAGCUCCUCUGAUACCAUCCAGCAGGAGUUCAUGGAUCUCCGAACCCGCUACACUGCUCUUGUAACACUAAUGACACAAUAUGUGAAGUUUGCCAGUGAAACGUUGAAGAGGACUGAGGACGAGGAGAGAUCGGUCGAUGAGGAGAAGAAAGAACAUGGUGAUAAAGUUAGCAAGCUAUUGCACUGGAUGUCCAAUGUGAAACAGAACCUGAACAAUGAUGGCAAAGCUUUGACAGAUGGUAACGCCAACACAGAAGCCUCUAAUAAGCCCCAGGUGUCAGUUGAGGAGAUUGUAACUAAGAAGGAACAAAUUGCAGAAGCAGUCAGGGCCACACAAACGAUGCUCAACAAACACAGUGAUAAAAUGACUGCGGAGGAAAAGGAGAAGGCCCAGGAGCAGCUGAAGGCGCUCAAUCAGGCUUACAGUGAUCUCUCCCAACAUUGUGCAGAUCAGGCGCCCUCUGCAGAGCAGUGUGUAUUGGAGAAACACAGGGAGUUUUCGGACAAGUUGGAGGAAUUAUGUGAUAGCCUUACCCUGACGGAGAACCGCCUGAUUGGUCAUCAGAACCAGGCUGACCGCACAGAGAGUGUUCAAGACCUGCAGCAGUACCAGCAAGAGCAUCAGGCUCUGCAAAAAGACGUACUGACAAAUGCCAGUGCCUUGAAUGAGGUCAUCACCAGCACUAAAAAGUUUCUGGAGGAGAAUCGGAGCAAGCUGAUGCCAGAACAAAUUGCUGUCAUUGAGAACAAGUUGGAGGAGGCCAAGAACAAAGCCAAGCUCAUCAACCAGCGGGCCGAGGAGUCCAGGAAAGACUUAGAGAAAGUUGUAACCACAGCUAUAAAACAGGAGAGUGAGAAGGCGGCAGCUGCUGAACAGCUUGAAGAAAGUAAGAACAAAAUCGAAGGUCUCUUGGACUGGAUAUCCAACAUAGGGAAUGAAAACGAGACUGAUUUUGCACACACUGGCCAUAUAAGCAAAGAGAAUGGGAACCUGCCAGAGGAAACGUCAGCCAAGGGAGUGAUAGGAGAGGAUGACGAUGCCAAUGGAAACGCUCUCCAAACCCCUGAAAAUGAUUCUGUGACGGAGAGCGGUGGGAAGAACUCCUCAUCCUCAGACCUUAACAAGCAGUAUGACAGAGUCAAGGCCCGCCAUCAGGAGAUUCUGUCCCAACAGCAGGAUCUGAUCAUGGCCACCCAGUCAGCCCAGGCUCUGUUGGAGAAACAAACGAAUGUGCUGUCCCCAGGGGAGAAGGACAAACUGCAGAGGGACAUCCAAGAGCUGAAGGGGCUCUAUGAGGCCUCUCUGACUCAGACUGAGCAACAGAUGAAGCAGGUGCAGUGUGUCCAGGAGGAGCUGAAGAAGUUCGAGGAUGAUUACCAAGAGUUUGAGGGGUGGUUAGACCAGGCUGAGAGAGAGAUAGAGGAGCUGGGUGCGCCUGCAAGCUGCCUCAAUAUUCUCAGUGAGAAACUCCAGCGGCAGAAGAGCUUCUCAGAGGAUGUUAUCUCUCAUAAAGGGGACCUCCGCUUUAUCACCAUUUCAGGACAGAAAGUACUUGAUGUGGCGAAAGCUUGUGGAUCGGCAGACCCAGGGGCUAAAAAUGCCCAGCUGCAUGUUGACACCUCAGGAACCUGUACUGCUGUCAAAGAUAAGCUGGACUCUGCAGCUACUCGCUACAAAGCAUUACAUUCUCAGUGCAAUCAGCUUGGAAAUAACCUCAAAGAUGUGGUUGAUAAAUACAAGAGGUAUGAAGACUCAUCCGCUGGCCUUCUGAAGUGGCUCAACAGCUCAGAGGAGGAGGCGAGAAGGCAGCAGUCAGAGGCCAUAGCCGCUGAGCCACAAACACUGCAGAAACAGCUGGAGGAGACCAAGGCUCUGCAAGGUCAGACAACUGGACAUCAGACUGCUAUAGACACACUACGCAGAACAGCCGAGUCUUUGAUAACAUCUGAAGGAGACCUGUUGAGCAAUCCAGAUGAAAUCCAGGAGACAGUAGAUGACAUCGUGGAGCGGUAUGACAACUUGUCCAAGUUGGUAAGUGAUCGAAAUGAGAAGCUGCAGAUCACUCUGACUCGCUCUAUGAGUGUCCAGGAUGGUUUAGAUGAAAUGAUGGGAUGGAUGGAUGGAGUCGAGGCAAGUGUGAAAGAAAAAGGACAAAUACCCCUGGACUCUGCAGCCAUAGGAGAUAUCCUCAGCAAAGAAGCAGUACUCGAACAGGACAUAGCAAGUCGUCAGAGCAGCAUCUCAGCCAUGAAAGCCAAAGUAAAGAAGUUUGUGGAGACAGCAGAACCCUCUGCUGCUGCCCUCCUGCAGUCUAAGAUGGAUGCUCUGUCCCAGCGCUUCUCUGAUUCCUGUGACAAGCACAAACAAAAGGUUUCCCAGCUGGAGCACCUAAAAGGAAAAGUGGAGCAGUUUGAGAAGACCUCAGAGAAAGUUCAGCAGUUUGUUGUGAAGCGAUCACAAGAUUUGCAUGAGACAGAUGGGCCAGGGAAAACUUUCAACGAACUGUCUCAGCUAACGCAGGCUACCAAAGCUGAGAUAUCUGAACAUGCCAGUGACAUGGAGACCCUGCAGACACUGUGUAAAGAGCUGGCGAGUCUGAACCCUGAGGGAAGCAUGUCCCAGAUCCAAAGUAAGAUGGACAACCUCUCAAAUACCUUCAAUGCCUUCAAAGACACCGUGAGAGAAAAAGAGGAAGAGGUAUCAUCCUGUCAGGACCAGCUGGGAGAGUUUAGGUCUGCAGCCGGAGCGCUCACCAAGUGGCUGGAGGAGACCACUGAGAAAGUACCUGCGGUUCAGCCAAGUAGCAGUGAACCAAGUCUGGAAAAGGACCUGCAGAAAGUCACUGGUUUAUUAGAGGAAUGGACAUCUAAAGGCCCUGCUGUCCAAGAUCUGAACAGCAAAGGAUCAGCAAUAUGCAGCCUCAUCAGUUCACUUACAUCGCCUGCCAAGACAAAAACACAGCACAAAUCAGCUGUUACUAAUGGUGGUGGUCCAGGGAGCCAUGCCUACCUAACCAAUAAAGAGCUGAUGGUAAUUCAGCAGAACACGUUGUUCAUCAACGAAGGAUAUGAGAGCCUGGGGGAACUGUUGAAGAGUCGAUCUGCAGAGCUGAGUAGUCUGGUGCAGAAGAUGAGGGAGGCCCAGAAGGAGACGGGCCUCAUGAUGACGUGGCUCAAGGACAUGAAAAAGACCGCAGCAUCCUGGAAAGAUGCAGCCACAGAGAAAGAUUCAAUGAAAACACAACUUGAGCAGCAGAAGGAAUUUGAAGAUGAGAUGAAACAAAAGCAAGAGCAGCUCCAGAAGCUCAGAGAGAAGCUCCUCCACUUGAUUGAGGAUCACCCUAACUCCCCUGAGGCAGCAAAAUGGAAGCAGAUGCUGGCACAGAUAGAUGCCUCCUGGGCCGAUGUCAGCGGCUCGGUCGAGGAGAGGAAGCAGCACCUGGAACAGUCCAACAGGAAUCUGGAUAUCUUCCAAACAAAUGAGCAGCAGCUUAGCCAGUGGCUCUCAGAAAAAGAGCUGAUGAUGAGUGUACUUGGACCCCUUUCCAUGGACCCGAAUAUGCUUAAAAUGCAGAAGCAACAAGUCCAGAUCCUCCAGAAUGAGUUUAAGAGCCGCAAACCUCAAUAUGAACAACUUGAAGAAGCUGCCUCUGCAAUCCUAAGCUCCUCGGGUAAGCAGGACCCCUCAAAUGGGAAGUUGGUGAGGGAGCAGCUGACUGGUGUCACCCAGAAGUGGCAAGGCCUGACCGGGCAGCUGGACCAGCGAGAUAGCCUCAUUGAUCAGGCUGUGGUGAAGACAGGACAGUUCCAGGAGUUACUGAGAAGUCUCAGCCAGAGUGCCACUCAGCUGGAGACUCAGCUCAACAACCAGCAGAGCCAUAGCACCCAGCCUGAUGCUGUGAAGAAGCAACUGGAGGAGGUCCAUACUAUCUCUGCUCAGCUACGAGAGGAGAGGAAGAGGCUGAAGGAGGCUGAGGGCAUCAACGCUGAACUUACAGCAAUGGUGACUGAAGACUAUCUAAAAGCAGACUUAACCAGGCAGCUGGAGAGUGUCAGCAAGCCUUUCAAACAGCUGGACGAGAAAGCAGCAAAGCGGAUUCAGCAGCUCAACUCAACCUUCGCCAGCUCCCAGCAGUUCCAUCAAACCUCCAAAGACUUCCAGUUGUGGCUUGAUGAGAGGCUGCAGGAGCUGUCUAAGCCCCAGUCCAUUUCUGCCAAAGCAGAAGUCCUACAGCAGAGCCUGGAGGAGCACAGCACCCUCCAGAAGGCCAUCAGCAAACAUGAGGAACCUUAUAACACCAUUAUCGGGGAAGGGGAGAUGCUUCUUCAGAAUACUGAUGGUGCAGAAAAGUUGGCACUACAGGGGCAGCUCUCUGCCCUCUCUUCUAAUUGGGAGGAGGUGAAAAAGAGCUCAGUGGAGCAGGCUGACAAACUCAAGGUUGCUGUGCAGAAAGCUCAGAAGUAUCAGGAGCAUGCGGAGAAGCUGAACUCAUGGAUUCAGGAGUGUGAGGCUAAUGAGGGCUGUGUCAAACUCAUCGCUGAUCCUGUGGCAGCAGAGAGCUCUAUCUCACAGGUGAAAGCUCUUCAGAAGGAUGUCGACAAGCACCGAGGGAUGGUUGAACAGCUCAACACAGUUGCAGAUAGCCUUCUUGAGGUGGCCAACACAGACACUGAAGCGAUUAAGGAAGAGAGGGCUGCUAUUGGCAAAAGAGUUGAGAAUGUAAUGGAGGGUCUUCAGAGCAAGAGGGAGUCCCUGGAGAAGAUCUCACAAACACUAAAGGAAUUUAAUGACUCCUACAAAGAGGCAAAGUCCCAGCUUGAGGGAGCAAAGAAGCAGGUAGAUGCUUGUGAAUCAUUGGGAGUACAGGCAUACAGCAACAAGAACCUGACCAACAUGAAGGCACAACAGAAGAGUUUAGAGGGAGUGCAGAAUCAGGUUGAGCACCUAAAGAGCCUUGCCAAGGACCUUGUAGUAGAUGUCCCUGAUGCUGAUGGAGUGACAGAUCUCUUACUGCAAGCUGACAGCAUAGAGAAAGACUACAGCUCCCUUAGCAAGAAGGUGGAGGACACAUGUGUAGUCUUGGAAGGUAAGCUUCAGGGUAUAGGACAGUUCCAGAACAGCAUUCGUGAGAUGUUUACCCGAUUCACGGACUUGGAUGAUGAGUUUGACAGCAUGACACCAGUGGAUCGUGACUUGGUCAUCCUUAAACAACAGCAGGAUGACAUUCAGAGCUUUGUGGCUAAACUCCAGGAGCUGAUGGCAAACACAGCCAAUGCAGGUGACAGCUGUAAGAAGAUGCUAGAAACCGAAGCCUCACCUGACCUGUUGGGCUUGAAGAGAGAUCUGGAUGCUCUCAGUAAGCAAUGUGGCAAACUACUGGACAGAGCCAAAGGCAGAGAGGUACAAGUUCAAAGCACUCUCACCAGUCUAGAGGAACUGUACCAUAAACUCCAGCAGCUGACAGAUAAAGUACACAGAGCUAUGGAAAAGGAAGAGUCCCAGGAGGCAGUUGGCAUGGAGACAGACGUUAUCAACCAACAGCUGGAGGCCUUUAAGGCUUUCCAGAAAGAUGAGAUUGAUCCACUGCAUACACAGCUUCAAGAAAUCAACUCCCUUGGCCAGGGGCUGAUCCAGAAUGCUGCUAAAGGCACCAGCACCAAGAGGCUUGAGGACGACUUGGAGGAUGUCAAUACAAAGUGGAAUACCCUCAACAAGAAGAUUGCUGAACGUUCUGCCCAGCUGCACGAAGCCCUGUUGCAUUGUGGGAGAUUCCAGGAUGCUCUGGAGUCACUGCUCAGCUGGCUGACUGACACAGAGGAGCUGGUGGCCAGUCAGAAGGCUCCCUCUGCAGAGUACAAAGUGGUCAAGGCACAGAUACAAGAGCAGAAACUCCUACAGAGACUGCUGGAUGACCGUAAGCCAACAGUAGAGCUGAUAAAAAAAGAGGGAGGGAAGGUUGCAGAGCUGGCAGAGUCUGUGGAUAAGGAGAAGGUUGCAAAGGAGAUUGAAUGCCUGGGGCAGAGGUGGGACACUCUUCUCAAGAAGGCUGAAAGCAGGCACAAGCAUCUGGAGAGCAUCUUAGUGGUCACCCAGCAGUUCCAUGAGACCCUGGAGCCCCUGAGUGAGUGGCUCGCCUCCACAGAGAAACACCUGGUGAACUCGGAGCCCAUUGGCACUGAGACGGCCAAGCUGGAGGAGCAGAUCUCUCAGCAUAAGGCCUUAGAGGAGGAGAUUAUGAAACACAGUAAAGACCUGUUUCAGGCUGUCAGCCUGGGUCAGAUGCUCAGAUCCAUGAGCUCGGUGGACGAUAAGGAGCUGGUCCAGUCUAAACUGGACGCCACUCAGGCCAGUUACAUAGAGCUCCAGGAGCGAUGCAGAAGGAAGGCGGAGAUGCUGCAGCAAGCUCUGGCAAACGCCCAGGUCUUUGGAGAGGACGAGGUGGCUCUCAUGAACUGGCUCAACGAGGUGCACACUAGACUGAGCGAAAUGUCUGUGGAAGACCACAGAAUAGACAUUCUUGAAAAGCAGCUGGCAGAACAACGGGCACUGCAAAAUGACAUUGAGUUGAGGAAGAAGAAUGUUGACCAGGCUAUUGCCAAUGGACUGGAGUUGCUGAAACAAACAACAGGUGAUGAGGUAGUUGUUAUCCAAGGCAAACUGGACGGAAUAAAAUCAAAGUAUGCUGAGAUCAACUCUAUGAGCGAUAAUGUGUCUAAGACCUUGGAGCAGGUGCUGACUCUUUCUACUAAGCACCAGCAAACGCAUGAGGAGCUGUGCUCUUGGUUAGAGAAAGUAGAGGCUGAGAUCAGUGACUUUGCUGCUCGGGAGCCAGUGGGAGAACAGCUCACUCAGGCGCAACACAGGCAGAAGGCCUUGUUGAAGGAGACCAAAGACCAAAAGCCGACGGUGGACAAACUGAAUGAGUUGAGCAGCUCUCUCCUGGAUCUGGUGCCGUGGCACGCUCGCGAGGACCUGGACAAGCUGGUGACUGAGGAUAAUGAGCGGUACAGGGCUGUCAGCGAUGCCAUCACCCGGCGCGUCGACCAGAUCAAUGCUGACAUACUCAAGUCACAGCAGUUUGAACAAGCAGCAGAUUCUGAACUGGCCUGGCUAACCGAGGCUGAGAGCAAGCUGUUGUCGAUGGGUGAUAUCAGGCUGGAGCAGGACGAAACCACAGCCCAGCUACAAGCCCAGAAGAUCUUCUCUAUGGACAUCAUGAGGCACAAAGAUGCUGUGGAUGAGAUUGUGAAAACAGGCAAAGCCAUCAUGAACAGCAAAAACCAAGAGGAAAAGGAAAUCUUGAAGGCCAAGACUCAGACACUCUUGGAAAAGUAUGGUGGCGUCAGUCAGCUGAACUCAGAGCGCUGUCUGCAGCUGGAGCGAGCUCAGUCUCUGGCCAGCCAGUUCUGGGAGACAUAUGAAGAGAUGUGGCCGUGGCUUCAGGAGACACUGACCACCUUCAGUCAGCUGCCCCCACCUGCCAUCGAGUACGAGACCCUCAGGCAGCAGCAAGAGGAACUCAGGCAAAUGCGAGAGUUGAUUGCCGAGCACAAGCCCCACAUAGACAAGAUGAACAAGACGGGUCCCCAACUGCUUGAACUGAGCCCAGUGGAAGGAGAGCCCAUCAGAGAGAAAUACACAACCUCUGACCAGCUUUAUACCCAACUCAAGGCUGAUGUCAAGCAGAGAGCCACCACUCUGGAUGAGGCCAUCUCCAAAUCCACUCAGUUCCACGACAAAAUCGACCCCAUGCUGGAAUCCCUGGAGCGGAUUGCUGAGCGCCUGCGUCAGCCUCCCUCCAUCUCAGUGGAGGUGGACAAGAUCAAGGAGCAGAUUGCCGAAAACAAGGCCGUCUCUGUGGACUUGGAGAAACUGCAGCCUUCCUAUGAGACACUGAAGCAGCGGGGCGAGGAGAUGAUUGCACGAUCAGAGGGCGCUGAUAAGGACAUAUCUGCCAAAGCUGUACAAGACAAACUGGACCAGAUGGUGUUCAUCUGGAACGACAUCCAGGCCUUGCUGGAGGAGCGGGAGGCUAAACUGCUGGAUGUGAUGGACCUGGCAGACAAGUUCUGGUGUGACCACUGCGCCCUCAUAGUCACCAUCAAAGACAGUCAGGACCUGCUGAAGGAGCUGGAGGAGCCAGGAGUCGACCCUUCAGUGGUCAAACAGCAGCAGGAGUUUGUGGAGGGGUUCAAGGAGGAGAUUGACGGGCUGCAGGAGGAGCUUGAUGUCGUUCGCAACCUUGGUGCGGAGCUUCUGACUGCCUGUGGUGAACCUGAUAAACCUGUGAUAAAGAAAAGCCUCGAUGAGGUGAACACAGCGUGGGAAAAUCUGAAUAAGACAUGGAAGGAGAGGGGGGAGCGACUGGAAGAAGCCAUGCAGGCUGCUGUACAGUUUCAGGAUGGCCUGCAGGGUAUGUUUGACUGGGUGGACAUUCUGGAGAGCAAACUGGAUUCCAUGUCACCUGUGGGCACAGACCUGGAAACUGUCAAGCAGCAGAUUGUGGAGCUCAAGGAGUUCAAAGGCGAGGCGUACCAGCUGCAGAUCGAGAUGGAGCGUCUGAAUCACCAGGCGGGCCUCCUGCUGAAGAAAGUGGUGGAGGAGGCUGACCGCUGCGCCAUCCAGGAGCCGAUGUCUGAGCUCAAGAUGCUCUGGGACAACUUGGACGAGAAGAUCAUCAGCCGGCAGCACAAACUGGAGGGAGGCCUUCUGGCUCUGGGACAGUUCCAGCACGCCCUGGACGAGCUGCUGGCCUGGAUGACCCACACCGAGGAGCUGCUCAGUGAGCAGAGGAAGGCUGGAGGAGACCCCAAAGCCAUCGAGAUCGAGCUUGCCAAGCACCAUGUUCUCCAGAACGACGUGUUGGCUCAUAAGACAACAGUGGAGACGGUGAACAAAGCUGGAAGUGACCUGGUGGAGUCCAGCGCUGGAGAGGAAGCCUCUGGUCUACAGAGCAAACUGGAGAACCUCAACCAGAGAUGGAAAGCCAUUCUGGAGAGGACCGAGCAGAGACGGCAGCAACUUGAAAGCGCUCUUAUUCAGGCCCAAGGUUUCCAUGGUGAGAUAGAAGAUAUGCAGCAAUGGCUGAAAGACACAGAACGUCAGCUGUUGGCAUCAAAGGCUGUGGGAGGCUUACCAGACACAGCCCGGGAGCAGCUUAACGCCCAUCUGGAGUUGUGUUCUGCCUUUGAGACGAAAGAGGAGCUGUACCAGCAGCUGAUGAGCAAGGGACACCAGCUGCUCACCAUGACACCUGAGGGCCCAGACAGCACCACCGAGCAGGACCUCGCAAACCUGAAGGACAAAUGGGAAGCUGUGCAGGCGAAGGUGGCUGAGAGAAAGGUGAAACUGGAGGAGGCUUUGACCCUGGCCACAGAUUUCCAUAACUCCCUGCAGGACUUCAUCAACUGGCUGACCCAAGCAGAGCAGACACUGACAAUGGUUUCCCCUGCAUCCCUCAUACUGGAAACCAUCAUGUUUCAGAUUGAUGAACACAAGAUGUUUGUGACGGAGGUGAACUCCCACAGGGAGCACAUCAUUGAGCUGGACAAGACGGGCACACACCUUAAGUACUUCAGCCAGAAACAGGAUGUGGUCCUCAUCAAGAACCUGCUGCUCAGUGUGCAAGGCCGCUGGGAGAAGCUGGUGCAGCGCUCUGUUGAGAGAGGCCGCCUGCUGGACGACGCCAGGAAGAGGGCCAAACAGUUCCACGAAACCUGGAACAAGCUGAUGGAGUGGUUAGACGAGUCUGAGAAGACUCUGGACUCGGAGGUGGAAAUAGCAAAUGAUCCAGACAAAAUCAAGCUGCAGCUGGCCCAGCACAAGGAGUUCCAGAAAGCUCUAGGGAGUAAACACUCGGUGUACGACACCACCACUCGAACUGGACGCGCACUGAAAGACAAGACUUCCCUGCAGGACGAUAAUCAGAAGCUGGAUGACAUGCUGAGUGAGCUGAGGGACAAAUGGGACACGGUCUGUGGCAAGUCAGUUGAAAGACAAAACAAGCUGGAGGAGGCCCUGUUGUUCUCCGGCCAGUUUACAGAUGCUCUCCAGGCGCUCAUUGACUGGCUGUAUAAAGUGGAACCUCAGAUGGCUGAAGACCAGCCAGUGCAUGGAGACAUAGACCUGGUUCUCAACCUGAUUGACAACCACAAGGUUUUCCAGAAGGAGCUGGGAAAGAGGACCGUGAGUGUUCAGGCCCUUAAGCGUUCAGCCAGGGAGCUGAUUGAGAGCAGUCACGAUGAUUCCUCCUGGGUCAAAGUCCAGAUGCAGGAGCUGAGCACCCGCUGGGAGACUGUAUGCAAACUUUCAGUGUCCAAGCAGGCCCGGCUGGAGCAGGCCCUGUGUCAGGCGGAGGAGUUUCACUCCACAGUUCAUAUCCUGCUGGAGUGGCUGGCUGAGGCAGAGCAGAGUUUGCGUUUCCAUGGGAGCCUGCCUGAUGAUGAGGAGGCCCUGCGGGGGCUUAUAGAGCAACACAAGGAGUUCAUGAAGAAACUGGAGGAGAAGAGAGUGGGUCUGAACAAAGCAGCCAGCAUGGGGGAGGCUAUCCUGAGCAUCUGCCAUCCAGACUCUAUUACCACCAUCAAACACUGGAACACCAUCAUUAAAGCUCGGUUUGAGGAGGUGCAGGCGUGGGCUCGGCAGCACCAGCAGCGACUUGCUGCGGCCCUCACUGAGCUGCUGGCCACUCAGGAGCUGCUUGAGGGGUUGCUGACCUGGCUGCAGUGGGCUGAGACCAAUCUCAACGAUAAAGACAAGGAGCCAUUGGCGCAGGAGAUAGAGGAGGUCAAAACCCUCAUAGCAGAGCAUCAGGCAUUCAUGGAGGAAAUGACCAGGAAGCAACCAGAUGUUGACAAAAUCACAAAGACACACAAAAGGAAAGCUGCAGAGCCCCAAAUCCAGUCUCAGAUCCCCGUACUCGACAAAGGAAGAGCUGGAAGAAAACGUUCUCCCACACAAGCCAUGUACCAGUCAGCCACACAAGCCCCCAUUGAGACCAAGAACCCGCGGGUGAACCUGCUGGUCAGCAAGUGGCAGCAAGUGUGGCUGCUGGCUUUGGACAGGAGGCGGAAACUCAACGAUGCCUUGGACAGACUGGAGGAGUUGAAGGAAUUUGCCAACUUUGACUUUGAUGUGUGGCGGAAGCGCUACAUGCGCUGGAUGAACCAUAAAAAGUCUCGCGUCAUGGACUUCUUCCGCCGUAUUGACAAGGAUCAAGAUGGCAAGGUUACCCGGCAGGAGUUUGUAGAGGGCAUCCUCUCCUCCAAAUUCCCUACCAGCCGCCUGGAGAUGAGUGCUGUGGCAGACAUAUUUGACCGAGACGGCGAUGGCUACAUUGACUACUAUGAAUUUGUAGCAGCUCUUCACCCCAACAAAGACGCUUACAAACCACUAACAGACGCGGACAAGAUUGAAGACGAGGUUACACGUCAAGUGGCAAAGUGCAAAUGUCCAAAACGAUUCCAAGUGGAGCAAAUUGGUGCCAACAAAUACCGGUUCUACCUUGGAAACCAGUUCGGUCUGGUUCACUGCUUACAUGACUCCUUAAUCGGCGAUGAGACAAUAGCAAACAGGGAAAAUCAAAAUCUUACCCCUCACCUACACGUUGCAGUUUUGGAAAGCUGUAUUCUGUUUGGAGACUCUCAGCAGCUGCGUCUCGUACGAAUUUUACGCAGCACUGUGAUGGUGCGGGUGGGCGGAGGCUGGAUGGCUCUCGAUGAGUUCCUGGUGAAGAAUGAUCCCUGCCGAGUUCAUCACCACGGGAGCAAAAUGUUGCGCUCGGAAUCAAACUCUUCAAUUACUCAGUCUCCUAUAGCUAAAGGCAGGACCAACAUGGAGCUGCGAGAGAAGUUCAUCCUCCCAGAGGGAACCACCCAGGUGAUGGCCAGCUUCCGCUACCGAGGCCGGAGAUCUCGGCCGUCAUCCAGAGCAGCUUCUCCCAACAGGUCCAACUCCAGCCACAGCUGCCCGGUUCAGUCGAACCCAGCAGCGACCAGCACACCCAAGACUCCCCAACACAUAACCCGCAAUUAUGAUAAACCAUGGCUUACAAACAGCAAACCCUCCACUCCUCUUAAAUCAUCCGACUCCUUUGGGAGCCAAGGUUCAUCCUCAGAGAGUACACCAGUUCAGGGCAGCAAAUUACGUCUUCCUGGAUACUUGUCAGGAAAAGGAUUUCAGUCUGGUGAGGAGGGAACCCUGAUCAGCGCUGCUGUAUUGAAGGCUCGGGCACAGACAAUAGGUGAGUCGAGGAAAAACCCCAGCCGACCUGGAAGUAAAGCAGGGAGCCGAGGAAGCAGUCGCAGAGGAAGUGACGCCUCUGACUUUGACAUCUCAGAUAUCCAGUCCGUGUGCUCAGACAUGUCUGAGACAGUCGGUGACUCUUCGCGAGCAACGCCCCGCUCUGCGUCCCGCCAGCACGGAGGAAAACCCUCCAAGAUCCCCACUCCUCAGAGAAGAUCCACUCCCACUAGCAAACUGGCCAAGGGAUCCAAGCGAUAGUCAGUGGCCUUGAAAAAAAAAAAAAAAAAAAAAAAUCCCAGGAGCCAGUAGCGCCCCAAGACGGACACUGGAGAUAUAAUAACUUAAAAGACUGCAAAUGUGUUGAGUGUUAUUUAAACUGUUGCGAAGAUGUAAAAUAUUCUGUUGAGAGGCAAUAUGGUUUAAUAUUAUGUGUGAAUGGAAUGUCAAUGGCCUUGUGUAUUUGUCUUUAUGAAUUUUAUUUUUUGUGAAUAAUGUCAAUUGUUUUAUUAUUUUAUUUUAUUUUAUUUUAUUGAUGCAAAACCUGUCGAGGUUUGAAAAACAGGAGCAAACUUGGGGAAGAGUUCAUUGUACGGUAAACUAACUAAUUUGUACACACUAAUGAAAGGCAACACACGGCACUGCGUUCUGAGUUACUGAAUGUACUGUAAUUUAUAUAUGCUGAUGUUUGGGAUAGAUGGCGCAUCAUGGUACUAUGUGAGGCACUGCAAUUAUCUAUUUAAGUGCUAUGAUAUACUGCCAACAUGCAUUUAAAGGGCAAUACAAUAUACCACAAGAUACCACUGUAAACACUGCAGAAAAAAUGUUCAAAAAACACUAUUGAAGGCAAGUAGCAAAAACCCCUUAAUCAUGAAGCUUUUGAGUCCUGUUUGUUUCUCAGCAGAUGCAGUUCCUAUUUUGUUUGAUCAUUUCAUAGAAAAUGUGUGCAUUGACCCCGAGGAGGCGGCACUCCAAGUAGACAUUCUCUCCGUGCAUCCCUGUCAAUGUAUGGUUAAUUUCGGUAGAGCUGAAAUGAUUACUGUAACAUUACUUUGUAAUAAACCCGCUUGCAGAAAGCUACCAUGGGAGGCUGAUAUGGAC